ACGAAAUGCCAUAUUCAAUGGGGGAUGUUAUUGUGAUAGUACUGCCCAUGGCUGCUUAGCUAUCCUCCACCGCCGAGCGCUUGUCCUCGGAAGAAAAUCCAUUCCAAAAAAACUCCCGAGGUCGACGGUAAAGCGGAGAAACAGCCGAUUGCCCUUUUAAUAACUUUCCUUUACCCCUCUUUGGUUCCCUCCUACACUCCGUGUCAGUCCCUAUGUUACUUCGACACUCAUUCUCCCGGCUACCUUCGCCGCCGAGCUGGAUCUCGCGGUUCCCAUCGCCAGCAAUGCCUCUACGCGCCAAGGUCAUCAACCCUGCCUUCCAGGCAACUUCUUCGAUGUCGACAUCAGCAAAUAUCACCAAAGAACUCCCCGGAGACGAGGCUGAUGACGUCCUGUUCAACUCGAUCUACGGUCUUCGCAGCAUUGAGCUUAACCGACCCAAGAAGCUCAACUCCCUCAACGGCUCCAUGGUCCGAAAGAUUCUCCCUCGUCUGCAGGAAUGGGAAAAAUCUCACUUGGCAAACAUUGUUCUCAUCUCCGGCGCUGGCCCCAAAGCGCUUUGCGCAGGAGGUGAUGUCGCAGCAUUGGCACUGCAGAACGAGAAGGGAAUUGAGGGACAGAAAGCUUCCGCCGAUUUCUUUGGACUCGAAUACCGCCUCGACCACUUGAUCGCGACAUACUCGAAGCCCGUCAUUUCUUUUAUGGACGGCAUCACCAUGGGCGGCGGUGUCGGUCUCAGCAUGCACGCCCCCUUCCGAAUUGCGACCGAGAGAACCGUCUUCGCUAUGCCCGAGACAACAAUUGGUUUCUUCCCUGAUGUGGGUGGUUCGUUCUUCCUGCCGCGCUUGGACGGCCAGACUGGUACCUACCUGGCUCUGACUUCUGCGCGCCUGAAUGGCGUGCAGGCUUUCAAUGCCGGUAUCGCCACUCACUACCUCCACUCCAGCGUUUUGGGCAGUGUCACCCAGCGUCUUUCAGAGCUGGUUUUCCCUGACAACGUUGCUCUCCCUGAGCGGUUAGACACCGUCAACAAGACCAUGGCCGAAUUCGCGGUUGGAAUUCCUUCGGAUGAGACCCAGGUUCUUGGUAGCGCGAACCGCCGCUCCAUCGAACGCUGCUUCGGAUUUAACACAAUUGAGGAGAUCUUCCAGGCCGUGGAGAAGGAGAAGGAGACCAAUGAGAAGUGGGCACAGGAGACUCUGGAUACCCUCUCGACACGCUCCCCAACCUCUCUCAAGGUGACACUGCGUCAAAUGCGCCUUGGUAAGGAGUGGGACAUCGCGGAGACCUUCAAGCGUGAGCACCAGAUUGCAGCCAACUUCAUGCGCCACCCCGAUUUCGUGGAAGGUGUGAAGGCACGUUUAAUGUCUAAGCCCGCUCGCCAGGCCGAGUGGCAGCCGGCCACUCUGGAGGAGGUUUCGCAAGAAACCGUCGAUAGCUUCUUCACAGUUCCCGAAGGCGAGGCUCCCUUGGAGCUGCUGAACAACACAAAGUACCGGAACUACCCUCAUAAGCGAUUCACUCUUCCCACCGAACAUGAUAUUGAACAGGUUGUGCGGAACAACCGCAUGUCCAAGACAAAGACUGUUAAGCACUUCGUUGAGCAAUGGAACCAAAAGGAGGGUGUGGCUGAGAAGGUAUACAGUGUGCUGGCUGAGCGAACCAAGGACGGUGAAAAUGGCUUGACAUGGGUAUAAAGUAGGUAGAGAUUGUCGACAAGCGUGUAUUUUUCUCUCUUAAUUGCUCUCAUGACAGGUGGUUGGCCUGUUCUUUGAUUGCUGUAUGUAUUAGACUACGGGAGUUUAUCCCGGUUUUGGAUAUUGGAACAUUUGCAU